AUCUGUAAAAAGUACAGCAGACCAAUCGUCUAAACACCAAUGGUUGUGUUCUCAAGCAAAUGCGAGCCGUGCAACUAUGUGUCUUCUGGUCGUUUCUGGUCCUCUUACGGGGUGAAAAUCCACCAGUUCAUACUGAUCUAAUCUUCUUCGAGCAGUGCGUUCAAUUUGGACACCUCGAACUUCCUGGAGCUGACGAACCGCUGGAACAGCAAUAAGGUGCCGGUUUUGCGAAAUUCUCAAAGUCAAAAAACGGUCAUCCUGUGGUUCUCUUACCCUAGGAAGUCCAGAAUCGGGCUUUCUAUGGUAGGACACAGUUUUUCGAAAACGUCUAACAGCAAAUCGCAGAGAUAGAAACGUUGAGAUGUCGAAUUGGGGCCGUCACGCCCUAGACCGUCUGGCCGGAGGGAAAAAUCGCGUUUUGUCGUGGCCCGACUGCGCCGAGAUCCCGCUGUGGAGCCGAAACCGUCAGUUUGACUUCAGACUUCACGUCUUCAUCACGACUCGGAUCCGCAAUUUACUCACAAUUAAAUGGUCAUGGCAGUUACCAUGGCGACCCAGCUCUUGCACCACGGCAAUGCGCAACCGACUUCCUUCAACAAACAAAUUCCUAUGGAGAAGUGAACGGGCCAAAUUAUGUCGACCCUGCACUGGGACAAGCUCUCCCCCGCAGAGUUCCAGCAGCUCCAAGACCUUGCCUCAUAUUCGAGCAAGACAGUUCAAUCUGUCUUAGAUGAGUUCAGCGGCACCGGCCCUCUCUCGAAGUACAGCCCUGAUGGGGUAAGUGCAUAAACAUACAUCUGCAUACCAAUACGGGUCGUCGUUUAUGUUGAAUGAGCCUAGACCGAGUUGGGUAACUCGUUUAUCCCAGGCAUUUAACAAUUAUUCAACACGCGUUUCCUCCGUUCAUUUUGUCAAUUAUGAGGCUUGACAUGGUAAUGUUGACGUCAUAAAAUAUAAAAAUGGCAUAACUGUUGUGUCAAAUUCUGUCAAAAAUCAGUAGAUAGCAUAAUUUAUAAUACGAAGUUCCAAAUGACUUAAGUAAUUACGUGAGAAAUUACAAGUGACGUAUGAUUUGAUAUUAGCACAUUUGAAUUGCCAAAGGUUGAUUUGCAACUUUGGACAAAACGUUUUAAGGUAUAGUUAAUUUUUCAAC